UCCUAAUGUGUGUAGUUUGCGUUUCAAUUUCUUUUCUUCUCAUAAUCUCUGAAACACCACGAAGUCUUAAAACCCCUGGAAUCCAAAAGCCAGCAAGCUUUAUUGAGAUCUUCUUUAUGCUAUUAUCGCAGCCUCUAACCAAGAUUUCAAGCCUUUGCAGAUAAAACUUUUGAAAACGAAAAAGGUCCCUCUACCUUCCACUCUCGGGUUCGGCGGAGUAGCUAUGGCAAUUGAUUGUCUGGUUUUAGGUGCUGGACAAGAAGUAGGAAAAAGCUGUGUUGUGGUGACAAUUGGAGAGAAAAGAAUCAUGUUUGACUGUGGGAUGCAUAUGGGAUACCAAGAUCAUCGAAGAUAUCCUGAAUUUUCUCUCAUUUCUGAUUCCGGCGACUUUAAUGCCUCUCUAACUUGUGUUAUCAUCACCCAUUUUCACUUGGAUCAUGUUGGAGCUCUUGCAUAUUUCACUGAGGUUUGCGGAUACAAUGGGCCAAUCUACAUGACUUAUCCGACGAGGGCAUUGUCUCCAUUGAUGUUGGAGGAUUAUCGAAAAGUGAUGGUAGAUCGAAGAGGAGAGGAAGAACAAUUUACAUCUGAUCAUAUCAUGGAUUGUAUGAAGAAAGUUACAACUGUGGACUUGAAGCAAACUAUUCAGGUCGACAAAGAUCUUCAAAUCCGAGCAUACUAUGCAGGACAUGUACUUGGUGCUGCGAUGUUCUAUGCAAAGGUUGGAGAUAGUGCUUUUGUGUAUACAGGGGAUUAUAAUAUGACACCUGACAGACAUCUUGGAGCUGCUCAAAUAGAUCGAUUACAGUUAGACCUCGUCAUAACAGAGUCUACAUAUGCAACAACAAUACGAGAUUCAAAAUAUGCUCGUGAGAGGGAAUUUCUUAAGGCUGUUCAUAAAUGUGUCGCAGGUGGAGGGAAGGUGUUAAUUCCAACAUUUGCUUUGGGACGAGCACAGGAGCUUUGCAUACUUCUGGAUGAUUACUGGGAGCGCUUGAAUCUGAAGAUUCCUAUUUACUUCUCUGCUGGUUUAACUAUUCAAGCAAAUAUGUAUUAUAAGAUGCUUAUUGGGUGGACCAGCCAAAGUGUCAAAGACUCAUAUGCCACAAAAAAUGCGUUUGAUUUCAAACACGUUUGCAGUUUUGAACGUUCGCUCAUAAAUGCUCCUGGUCCUUGUGUUCUCUUUGCAACUCCUGGGAUGCUCAGUGGUGGAUUUUCACUUGAAGUUUUCAAGCUGUGGGCUCCAUCAGAAAAGAAUCUUAUUACACUUCCAGGGUAUUGUGUGGCUGGAACUGUAGGACAUAAGCUGAUGUCAGGCAAACCAGGCAAAAUAUUCGUGGACAAGGAAACUCAAAUCGACGUCAAGUGCCAGAUUCAUCAGCUAUCAUUUAGUCCUCAUACAGAUGCAAAAGGGAUUAUGGAUCUUGUCAAAUUCCUGUCUCCGAAACACGUGAUACUUGUCCAUGGAGAGAAACCAAAGAUGGCAACACUGAAAGGAAGAAUAGAAUCUGAAUUGCAGAUUCCAUGUUAUUAUCCUGCCAAUAAUGAAUCUGUUCACAUCGCUUCAACUCAGUACGUGAAAAUAGAUGCAUCAGAAUCAUUUAUUCAGAAUUGCUUAAAGCCGACCCACAAAUGUUUAAAAAGCUUCUCUGAUUCAAAUACCAAUGACACAACCACUGUUUCCUCACCAAUUUCAGAAAUGAAUAAAGAAUCUGUUGCAGAAGGGUUUCUGAUAAUGGAAAAAACCAAAAGAGCCAAGGCAGUACACAAAGGUGAACUAAUGCCAACUUUGUCGCUUGAAGAACACAAGAUUCAGUUUGCUUAUUGUUGCUCUGUAAAUGCUGGUACUCUGUUACUUCAAGAACAAGAUCAACAUAAUGAUGAAUUGUCAGAAUCAUUAUCUAGGGGAUCCACAAUUUCUGAAUUGGGUAACUCAUCAAAUGCAUUAGCUCAAAUCACUGGUUCUUCUGCAACAAAGGAGCUUCCUCUAUCUGACCAACAAUCUCAGCUUCACCUAUUAUUUUUGAAACUUUCUGAGGAACUCGUAGAAGAGAAAAUACAAGAGUUUCCGGACCAUUUACAAGUAGAAUCAUUUCAUGUCUCCGUUUGCCAGAAAAACAAUAAUUGCCCUUACAAGAUCAAGGAUUUUUUCGACGUUGAUUCGCUAGUAUCUUUCUGCUGCAAAUGGUCAUUGGUUGAUCAGAAUUUGGCAUGGAGAGUCAUUUCAGUCAUUAAAGGUUUGGAUGCAACUACAGUUUAAGAACUAAAAUCUGAACCCAUUCCAAAUUCAACCAUAAUUUUGAGUUCCUUACUACUGGUGAUAAUAGUUUCAAGCUUCUAGAUUACUGAGCUAAUUUGUUAAUUUAAAAUGUAACAGCUGCAAUUGGUAAUUUUGUUCUUGUUCCAGCGCUCUGCAGGCAAUAGCAGUGAAUUUUCUGCUGGUUAAUGUUUGUUUAUGAUAGUGAAAAGUUUCUUACUUUUAUUUAUUA